AUGAGGUUCGCAGUGAAAGCAACCUCCGGCGGGGGGAACGGAAAGGCUAGAGCGGGAGUCCUGCAAGGCUGGGGGAGCUUCCAGCAUUCUGUGGAGACGCCCGCCCUCCUCCUCUCAACGAGGAAGGGGCUGCCCUCCUUCAUCACUCCUGACCUCCUCCAGGCUCUACCGCUCCCGGACUCGCGCCUCCUUCACGUCAGCCCUCUCCACUUGUGAGUCCAUCGCGUGUCCUCCUCAUGGUCCGUGCUGUAGUUUAUACACGACCGUCGGAUGUUCGUCGGAUUCGAGGGCCUGAGAGAAAAUUCCAGAGUGAAAUCUACAGCCACACCUACAUACUUAGUGGCGUAGUUCCCAAUGGACAGCUCUCCUCAAUCACUCUCUCUCUCUCUGUUUCUAGCGCGAAUCUCGCGAAAACAAAAUCAGAGAGUUGGCAGAGUUUUUCAAGAAAAUCCACGCCGAUUCUGAGUUCUUCAUCCUAAAAAAAAUCGUCCGCAAAAAUAGUUUCUAUCUUUCCUUAUGAUUCGUUUCUUGUGGUUUGCAGCAUGGAAUGCCCUUCAUCAAGAACCAUUUCGAGCAUGGGGGGGCUGCGUCAGAUGCUUGGGUUGCCUGAGCAUCUCUUCGUCUCCGUAGGUAGAGAUUCUAUCGAUUCUCUUCCUGUGAUCGAAGGUACAAACAAGCUUGGAGCGUCGUUUGAGACACCCAGUGGUCGCCUAUUGGUACUCCUAUCAUCUCUACCCUGUCCUUGAUAGACAAUUAUUUUCGGCGGAUGUUCCUAUUACUCUGAUCCUUUGGAGAUAAAUUCCUCAUCGCUUUCAUGUUGUCUUCCGAUGAAGGUAAGACCAGAAAAAUACAUGGAGAUUAUUUCUUCGUUGAAGCCAAAUCUUUGGGCCACUCUGGCAGAUGAGGUGCCUGCCUGGGCUGUUGAGAAGCGGAAUAAAGCUUCAGUGGAAAGAACAAUUCGUUGGCUCGAUGAGUGCAUUGCCCUAGACCUGGUCUGUUCAUCUAUUUAUCUAUCUAUCUAUCUAUCUAUCUAUCUAUCUAUCUAUCUAUCUAUCUAUCUAUCUAUCUAUCUAUCUAUCUAUCUAUCUAUCUAUCUAUCUAUCUAUCUAUCUAUCUAUCUAUCUCUCUAUCUAUGUAUCUAUCUAUCUAUCUAUCUAUCUACCUAUCUAUCUAUCUACCUAUCUAUCUAUCUACCUAUCUAUCUAGUGUGGAAAUUAUGUGUAUGGCAAUUCUCUUUACUGUUUUCUUGAGUUAGUGCUAGUUUGACUAUCACUCCCUCCUCUUCACAAUCUCAUAUCAUUAACCUAAAAUAAUCUUGUUUUAAUGUUUUCCAUUUCAUUGAUGACCGAAAGCAUUAAAGCUAGAGUCAGUUUGGAUGCCGUAUCUAGCCUGUUUUGAUAUUGUGAUUCUGGGAAAUAUCCACAUGAUCUUGUGAAUUUCCUAUUUUUUCCUUUGUUUUUAGCUCGCGAUUUGUGAAUUCCUAUACUCCUGUCAUCGUAUCAGGAUGAUCUUUUAGAGCCCAUCCCAUGAUUUUUUCCAACAGCUGUUCUACCUGAUGCCCACUGCUCUCCCGAGCGGUGCAAGAUGCCUUCUCAAGGCAACGUUCUGAAACCAUAUCCAUCUUAUGAAAUUCAGUCAGGUGGAGAGGCGAUCUUGGGAGCAGUUGUUGGAGGAUCCAGUUUAGAAGAACGCAGUCGGUGUGCUAAAGAAGUGGCGAAAAGAAAUGUCUCAGGUUAUUUAUCAGGAUUCUUAGGACCAUGCUGGGCAUUUUCUGAUCAAUUGCAUGGUCUUUUUAUUUUCUAUGGAAUAAAACUCAUGAUAUUUAUUUCUGAUGUCUGUAGAUAAAUACUUUUUGCCUUUUUUAAAUUUUACCUUUGGUCAUAAUGUACUUGGAAUAUAGUCCUUAUGCUACUUCGGUCACAGAUCAGUGGGCUUCUCCACUUAUUGCGGUGAAAGAGAGGGAGAACAAUUUGAUGAGGCUUGUGGGUUUGUUUCCCUGUGAGCAAACGACUGAAAACUGGGUUCACGUUUGAUCUGUGAACUGCACUUGUUAUCUUGGUCAGAAUUAGUAAAUCAAGUAUUAUUAUUUUUAAUCUGUCAUUUAUUUAGUUAUUUUUGUUGACCUAUGAGAUGAGGAACACUUGAUCUAAUAUUGAAGCUACAAUCCUCGGCAGCCUAGUCCGAAGUAAUACUAUCUUUCUCUCUCUCUCUUUCUCUCUCUCUCUCUUUCUGUCUCCCUCGCUCCCUCCCCUCCAGCACUGGGUGGUAGCUCUGCCUCUAGCCGUGAUCAAUUAAUUUGGUCAACAAAAAAAUCAGCCAGAGGGGGAAGAGGGGAGCCCCUCUCUCUCUCACCUCUCUCUCUCUCCCUCUCUGUGUGUGUGUGUGUCUCUCUCUCCCCCUCUCUCCCUCUCUCCCUCUCUCUCUCUCUCACUCACUCUCCUCGUCAACAGAUAUCGUUUUGGAUCCAAGGGAGCAUUUGAUUUAUCUGUCUGUUAUAAUUGAUCUUCUACCACGAACUUUGAUUCAGGUUAUUGGAUUGGAGGCUUUGGUCUUGGAGAAAGCAUGGAAGAGCGUCCUGCUCUCCUUAAUGCAGUUGUGGUAGGACUUCUAAACUAUGAGACUACCUGAUGGCGCAUUGAUCUCCUCAUCCUGCUUAAAAUGACGUACAUCAUCAGCUGAAUUAAUAAAUAUCUUGAAGUUUCAUAGGAAAGAAGAUGAGGAGAUGGGAUCAUUCUGAACUGCUCUUCCUAAAAAUGAAAAAAAAAACAAUCACAUCAACAUAAUUUUUUUCUGUUAACCUAGUCGAAUUAAUGGAGGGUUUUAAUAGGCCAUUAAGAUGCUGAUUAUUCUCAACUGCUGUCUCAGUUCAUCUGAAAAAAAAUACUUUCCAAGAUCAGAAUAUAUUACCUAAAUCUGUUCACUAAAUUCAAGGAAACAUUGAGUAAUUUCGAAUUAUGUGAAGAACACUGAACUGAUUUUUUUUCCUUGCAUUAACCUAGAAAUGGGAUAUAUGAAAAUAUACUGGCGUCUAUUAUAAUUUCUCCUAUUUAACAUAUGUGAUUUUGGCGGACUAAUUGUUUCCUGCUUGUCCUUAACUAGAAACACAAUGUGAUUCCAAACAACUAUAUUAAUAUUGAAUCUAAACGAAAAAUAAACUGUACUAAAUCUCGAAGCUAAAUUUUCAGGAUAAUUUGCCGGAGGAGAAACUGCGGUAUGUUUCUGGACUUGGUCUCCCAGGUAAAGUUACCAUGAUCAGCGUUUGCAGACACCAAUUAAGGUGCUUUUUCCUUCUUUUUUGUGUGCCCGUUUCGUCAGAUUCUACAAAGAACUGUUCUAGUUGAUUAGAUUUUUUUUUUCCUUGAAAUAUAUCUACCAAUGAACCAACUUUAUUAGAUCAAUCAACCCACCCAUACCAUUCCAUGGCUAUCUAAAACAGUAACCUGCAUCAUCAUGAUAAAUAAAUGAUAUUUUAAUCUCUCUUCCUCUUUUUCAGAGGAAAUCUUGGAGGGUGUGGCUGCAGGGAUUGAUCUUUUUGACUCCACGUAUGUAUUGUUCUUCUAAAUUUUCCUCGUUCUUGUCACUUUCCAUGAUUUUCAGAUCCCGGGUUGAAUUUUGGCCCCAUUUUCAGGUAUAUUUACCAUCUUACACUUGGAGGGCUUGCUCUCGUCUUCCCCCUCGACACCGUUGACAAAUCUCGGAGAAGCCCUUUUGACUUCCCGCCGAGCAGUGCAGUCAACGACGGCACAAAGAUAAAUCUAAGUUCUACAAUUUACAGGUCUGUAUGUUUUUUCUUCAUCUUCGAGGACUGGGUUGGCUGGCGUCAGCAGUUGUCAGCCUGGCCGGCUGAUCCGAUUCCGGCUACCAUGUCUCCACCGAGUAAGUUUUUUUGCUUCAGGAAGGACAAGUCUCCGAUCUUGGAGGGCUGUGGCUGCUUCACCUGUCGGAACCACACACGGGCCUACCUUAAUCAUCUUCUCAAUGUCCACGAGAUGCUGGCCCAGAUCCUCCUUGAGAUGUAAGGACGUGAAUUCUCUCUCUCUCUCACUCUCUAUCUCUCUCUCUCUCACACACACACACACACACACUCUCUGUGUCUGUCUGUCUGUCUGUCUCUCUCUCUCUCUCCCUCUCUCUCUCUCUUUCUCACUCUCUUUCCCUCUCACUCUCUCUGUCUCUCUCCCUCUCUCUCUCUCUUUCUCACUCUCUUUGCCUCUCUCCCUCUCUCUCUCUUUCUCACUCUCUCUCCCUCUCUUUCUCACUCUCUCUCUCCCUCUCUUUCUUACUCUCUCUUUCCCUCUCAUUCUCUCUGUCUCUCUCCCUCUCUCUCUCUCUUUCUCACUCUCUCUUUCCCUCUCACUCUCUCUGUCUCUCUCCCUCUCUCUCUCUUUCUCACUCUCUUUGCCUCUCUCCUCUCUCUCUCUCUCCCUCUCUUUUCUUUCUCUCUCUCCUCUCUUUCCCUCUCUUUCUCCUCUCUCUUUCCCUCUCACUCUCUUUGUCUCUCUCCCUCUCUCUCUCUUUCUCCUCUCUCACUCUCUCUCCCUCUCUUUCUUACUCUCUCUGUCUCUCUCCCUCUCUCUCUCUCUUUCUCACUCUCUCUUUCCCUCUCACUCUCUGUCUCUCUCCCUCUCUCUCUCUCUCUUUCUCACUCUCUCUGUCUCUCUCCCUCUCUCUCUCUCUUUCUAACUCUCUCUUUCCCUCUCACUCUCUCUGUCUCUCUCACUUUCUGUCUUUGUCUGUCUCUUUCUCUCUUUCCCUCUCAUUCUCUCUGUCUCCCUCCCUCUCUCUCUCUCUUUCUCACUCUCUCUCUCCCUCUCUUUCCCUCUCCCUCUCUUUCUCUCUCUCACUCUCUCUCUCUCUUUCUCACUCUCUCUCUCCCUCUCUUUCUCUCUCUCACUCUCUCUCUCUCUUUCUCACUCUCUCUCUCCCUCUCUUUCUCUCUCUCACUCUCUCUCUCUCACUUUCUGUCUGUCUCUUUCUCUCUCUCUCUCUCUCGCUCUGUCUCUCUCCCUCUCUGUCUCUCUCCCCCCCUCUCUCUCUCUCUCUGUCUGUCUCUCUCCCUUUCUCUCUCUUUCUCACUCUUUCUCUCUCUCCCUUUCUCUCUCUUUCUCACUCUUUCUCUCUCUCCCUCUCACUCUCUUUCUCUCUCUCUCUCUCUCUCUGUCUGUCUCUCCCUUUCUCUCUCUUUCUCACUCUUUCUCCCUCUCCCUCUCACUCUCUUUCUCUCUCUCACUCUCUUCCACUCUCUCUCUCUCUCUCGCACUCUCUCGCAUUCCCUCUCUCUCUUUCUAUGAUCUGGGCAUCUUCUGUGUGGAUGCAGACACAAUACUCACCACUACCUUGGCUUCUUCCGCUCGAUAAGGAGAGCGAUUGGGUGCGGGACGUUUGAUAUGUUCCGGCAGAGCUUCAUCGAAAGCAGGCGGGAGCUUUUUGUCUCUUCCAUGACGUGUUCAUGA